GGGACGGAAGUGCGGCAGCGGAGCGGCCCCGGCGGUCCGGGAGCAGCCCGGUUCCCGCGGCCCCGGAAUGGCUGCCGGGCUGCCUCCCGAUGCGCUGGGUCGGCGGGUCGCCUGUGGCACCGACUACGGGACUGUGCGCUAUGUGGGCAGCGUGUCUCCUACUGCAGGAAUUUGGCUGGGCGUGGAAUGGGAUGAUCCGGAGAGGGGAAAGCAUGAUGGCAGCUAUGAAGGAACACAGUAUUUUACGUGCAGGCAUCCUAAAGGAGGAUCGUUCAUCCGGCCAAACAAGGCAAAUUUUGGCGUAGAUUUUCUUACUGCAGUAAAGGAUCGGUACGGAUUGAAUGAUGAGCAGGAUGUUCAGUGUGGCACAGGGAAUACAGUAGUGUUUGGAACAAAGACUGUGGAAUUUGUUGGCAUGGAUUCUGUUGCAGAACAGCAAAGACAACUGAACAAACUGGUGGAUAUCUCAGUGCGUGAGUGUGCAGUGAGCCAUGCUGGUCAGGAAGAGGAAAUCAGCAGAACAUGUGCCAAUAUGAGGCAUAUAAACCUAUCAAAAAAUCUGAUAUCAUCUUGGGAGACAGUAGCAGCUAUUGCUUCUCAAGUUCAAAAUCUGGAAACACUUAAUGUCAGUGAAAACAAAAUGAAAUUUCCAUCUACAUCAACUUUUACAUCCAGUGCAUUUUCAAACUUGAAGAUUCUGGCCCUUAAUCAAACUGAAAUAACAUGGACAGAGGUUCUUCUUUGUGCUCAAGGAUGGCCAGUACUUGAAGAGUUGUACCUUUCUUCUAAUAAUAUUACAGUUUUGGAAAGGCCUGAUAAUGUCCUGCAGACCCUGAAGUUGUUAGACCUUUCAGACAACCAGCUACUGGAUGGAAAUCAGCUGCAUCUCAUAGCACAGCUCCCCAGAUUAGAACAGCUAAUACUUAGAAACACUGGCAUAUCUUCUAUACACUUUCCUGAUGCUGGAUUUGGAUGCAAAACUAAAAUGUUUCCUUCGCUAAAACGCCUUGCAAUAAAUGACAAUAAAAUAUCACAGUGGUCAUCUAUCAAUGAGCUGGAUAAACUGCCAAGUUUGCGGGCACUGCAGUGUAACAAUAACCCCUUCGUGGACACGGAGAAGAACCCAGAGACCCUGAAACAGCUCAUUAUUGCCAAGAUAAGCCAGUUGGAGGUUUUGAACAACUGUGAGAUCCUUCCUGCUGAAAGAAGAGGAGCAGAGCUUGAUUAUCGCAAAAUAUUUGGAAAGGACUGGCUAGAAGCUGGUGGGCAUUGGAACCCAGAGAAAAACCAACCAAGUGAAGAAUUUCUUGCUGCCCAUCCUAGAUACCCAGCACUUUGUCUUAAAUAUGGAGCACCUGAAGAAGGAGAACUGAAGGGACAACAGCCUUUGACUCUGAAAAAUCAGCUCCUGACUUUGACAAUUAAGUGUCCUGAGAAACCUGAACAGAAGCCAGUGGAGAAAAAACUGCCAGAGUCUAUGACUAUUCAGAAGGUCAAAGGACUGCUGUAUCGCCUGUUUAAAAUUCCUGGUUCAGACCUGAAACUGUCCUACAAAAGUUCUAAACUGGAAGGAAAAGAAGUUGAACUAGACAAUGACUUAAAGCCUUUGCAGUUUUACUCAAUAGAAAGUGGAGACUGUGUGUUAGUACGGUGGUAAAGAAGGGACUCUCUUUCUGGACUGAAGGAAAAGCUGACACAAGAACUGCAGAAGAGAGACAGACACACGGACAGCCUGUGCCUGAACAGACAUACAGGUGAAUUGGAGUUUCACACAUGUGGCACCAAAGGGCUGUACAUCUGUACUUUUAACUCCUCAACUUGAUCAUCAGCCUCCAUGAAAGCAGCUGCUCAUUUGUCCUACUGGAGCGAUACCAAACUGUGCUUAAAUGCUUCAAUUAAAUAAAACUCAAGGUCACCCUUUUGCCAA